AUGCCCCUCCGAGCCGCGCUCCUGCGAGAGCAUCUUCCUUCCCCGAGGCUGAUUCGCUUGCCCGGGGAAGAGAGGGUGAUGAGGCUCGCCGGGGGACACCGGAGGCUUUCUGGUGCCCGGGCUGUCGUUAGGGUCACCGCCUCCAACAGUAGCCAUCCUAGGCACGGCGAGCCCAGGCCAGGAGCUGGACGUAAGGAUCCCGUCAGGGGUGUUCAUAGCCGUAUAGCUCUACAUGAAUCCCAAAUUGAUGGGUCUGAGAGACAGCUCCUGUCCCCAGAGUGUGAAUGUAUGUGUACCAUAAUGCAAGACAGGUAUGGCAUCGAACAUGGGCAUGGCAUUGAAGUGUGCCUGGUGAUUGACUGGAACUUGAGUGCCACAGGGACUACUAAAGAUGUAGCAGAAGAAUCUGUAUCAGAUGAUGACAAAAGGAGGAACUAUGGUGGCGUGUAUGUUGGCCUGCCCUCGGACGCGGCUGCCAUGGUUUCCAGUCAGACGAAAGCUGCACCGAAAGAUUUAAUACAACAAAAUGCUGCUGUCACGUAUGUACACCACAGAGUUUAGUCACUGACUUGGUGCUUCCAAAAUUUGCUGCAGAACAAAAAAAUGAAGAAAAAUAAUACUAUUAACCAUAAUAAUAGUGGCCGGUUUUGGAACAGUAGUACCUUUGUGGCAUGGUUUUUUUUUAAAUGGAGCUCUAAAUUAGUGAUACGUUGCAAUGUUUUAACCAUCUCUACCUUUUUUUCCUAAUGAAGAUUAGAAGGAAAUAAACACAUCAAGAUCCAAACAGC